GAGGCUCCUUCCACGCAGCUCGGCCCGGGAGUCUCUGACCCAGUUCACCUGAGCCCCGCAAAGGGACAUGGUGACACUGGCGGGGCCUGUGACCCGGCAAGACCGAGGGCUUCAUGCGGAACGGAGAGCAGGCCCGGCCCAGAGCUCGAGGGCCUUUGCGGUCAGAAACGAGGCGGAGUUGCGACCGGUGCUGUCAUUACUCUCAGGCCAGUGAAAAACCUCUGGGGCUAGGCCGUCAUGGGAGAGGCCAGCAGAGAUGAGUAUAAAAUCCAGUCUUUUGACGCAGCGACUCAGCAGCUGCUGAAGACGGCGCUCAAAGAUCCAGGUGCUGUGGACUUGGAGAAAGUGGCCAAUGUGAUUGUGGACCAUUCUCUGCGGGACUGUGUGUUCAGCAAGGAAGCAGGACGGAUGUGCUACGCCAUCAUACAGGCCGAGAGUAAACAAGCAGGCCAGAGUGUCUUCCGGCGUGGGCUCCUCAACCGGCUGCAGCAGGAGUAUGAGGCCCGGGAGCAGCUGCGAGCAUGCUCCCUGCAGAGCUGGGUCUGCUAUGUCACCUUUAUCUGCAACAUCUUUGACUACCUAAGGGUGAACAACAUGCCCAUGAUGGCCCUGGUUAACCCUGUCUAUGACUGUCUCUUCCAGCUGGCCCAGCCUGAGAGUCUGAGCAGGGAAGAGGAGGUGGACUGCCUGGUGCUGCAGCUGCACCGGGUUGGGGAGCAGCUGGAGAAGAUGAAUGGGCAGCGCAUGGAUGAGCUCUUUAUCCUAAUCCGGGAUGGCUUCCUGCUCCCAAUAGACCUCAGCUCCCUGGCCCGGCUGCUGCUGCUGGAGAUCAUCGAGUUCCGGGCAGCUGGCUGGAAGACCACGUCCGCUGCCCACAAGUAUUACUAUAGUGAGGUUUCUGACUAAGCUGGGCUCCCAUGGGCCUAUGGCUGCACACACCUUCCCGUGACACUACUUUCCAGCUGGCACCAGAAUCAUUGUCUCUCUUAGUCCCUUCUAGAUUCUUCUAUGACUGCCCUCUUCCCUUCCCACUCUGGAGUUUGGAAACCAAAACAGCCCGGGUCUCCUAGCUGGAGACUGUCCUGUUUCCGCACUGCCUCCAAGUCCUUUUAGCUUCUUUUCUUUCUCCCACCACCUGGGCCAGGCAGGGAAAGGCAACUAACAACCACUGAACUGUGUAACCACUGAUGCAACACUACCUUGGUGCCUCAAGUUUCCCCAUCUGUAAAAACGGGCAAUUACAGCUGUUGGUGGGAUGCUUUGGGAUGUUAAGGGGAAGACACAAUAGUGUUUUAUACAUUUUGCAGAGACGGCUGUGCAGAUAAGCUUAUAUCCUGCAGUCGGUUUUUUUCGUGAGUGGCAAUGCCUCACCAGGUUGGGGUGAAGGUUUUCUAAUAAAUCUUUUCUGAAACCAAA